AUGCUCACAUUUGAAAAACAGAGUUCCUUCUACCCAUACCUGCAGUUGGCCACAUUCAAGUUCUUCACACUGGAGCCUGACCAGGCCCCUUACCAUCGUCUGCCUUUGGCAGCAUUCUCACCACUGGACCUUGGCUUGCUGGACUUUUUUCCUAAACAUGCAAAUGUGUGUGAAAAGCUUGACAUCAAAGACCCCACAGAGCAACGUCCAAGGACAGCCCUUACUGAGUCGGUCCUCAGACCUCGAGCUGUGUCCUUCACUCUGGCCCAUUCAUCUGUAAGAGGAGCUUGGAAACCUUCCUCGCAGGAGAAACCGGUCCGAUUCACCGGAGCCCAGAUAAGACAACUGCACUCUCCAGCUCUGGGUUUCAGCUCUGUACUAAUUUCAACACCAUGUGGAAUGUGGAAGCAGCACAGUGGCAUCCAAAGAUCUACACCUUGUAAUCCCAGAGCCUGUGAAUGCAUUCAGGCCCGCCCUUGCAGAGGUGGCGGUGGCCCAGACAAGGCUGACUUCCCACGUGGAAGGGCCAGGCAGUGCUGGACAAGGCCUUCAGGAAUGGCUAACAUGCCCCCUUCAUAUCAACAGAAGACUGAGGUUUGCCUCAACUCGCCUUGA